UAGUCGCUUCAUGUUUCACAAACCGGGAUAAGUUCCGGCCUUUUGAUCAAUACCAUAUAGUUAGCUGGCUUUAGUAAGAGAAUCUUGAGGUCGAUGAUGUCGAAACCUGUUUUAAAUCUGUUGUCCAGAUCCAGAAGGACAGUACGAACUCGUUUUUGUCUGGAUUUCAAGGUACAGUGGUAGAUAUUGGAGGUACACCAAAAUUUAGGCAUUAAUUUUCAUUAGAAGUUGCUUGUAAGAAACUGAGAUGCUUAUUGUUGAUUGAUGAAAAGUAGAAAACAAAGAAUUUUAAGGAAAUAAGGGUUUUGUAUUCUACUACACGCAUGCUCUCUAUAAAAGGGGUCAACUAGGGGAGGUUCAAGCCAUUUAAGGUCUUCAGUUUAUUAACAGCCGCUUAACUGACAACUGACAAAUAGACAAAAUAGACCCUCGUUUCCGCUUUUUGAUUUCGACUUGCAAAAAGGUAAAGAGUUAACUUAUUUUUCAUACCAAGCAAUAUCACUUGUUCAAGUCGCUGUUGGCAGAAACAAAUGUGGUGAGAGGGGAGGGGAGGGAAGGAACGGCCGUCUACAUCUAAGCAUAAUUACUAGAGGGUAGCAAAAAAUUACAUGUUUAUAGUGGGGCUGUGAUAAGCCGUCCAGAGGAUUUUUCUCGCCAUUGCGUGAACAUGCAAUUAUGUAUAAGAUACCGCGCAACUUAUUUGAUUUGUUUGAGGGGGUAACCGAGGCCUACGAACAGUCUUCCGGUGAGGACGAAAGAAAAAAUGAAAAAAAAAAAAAGGAAAACGAGAGCGAAACUGAAGAAUUCGGAGAGCGAAGCGAUCGGGGGCUGGGCUUCGUUCGCGCUCGCCGGGAGGCAGUGGGUUACCCGGUGGGGUGAUGUUGUUCGAGUCCCAGUCCCUUCGCACGUCGAGACUGUUGAUGGAGAACUUUGAUGAGCGGUUGUUGUCCUUGCAAGAAGUUCAAAGACACAACAAAGUUGAUGAUGCUUGGAUAGUAAUUGAUGGAAAGGUUUAUGAUGUCUCAAGCUAUGUAUCAAUUCAUCCCGGGGGGAAAGCGAUUCUAAGAAAUGUGGGAGGAGACGCCACACAGGGAUUUCAACAACAGGCUGCCCACAGAGUCGUAAAGAACCACAUUGCAUCUUUGCUGGAGAAGUUCUACAUUGGUCGCAUAUCACCAGGACAGGAAUGUUCGAAAACUGGUUAAUGCUAAUCCAGGAUUAAAAGCGGAUUGUGCUCUUAAUUUAAUCUGUCAGUUGAUAAUGUUUUCUAUGGUUUUCUAAACUUUGAAUUCAUAGAUUAUAGUCAUCAGUUAGGUGUCCACUGAGGGGAACAUCCCUCUGUUAGGAAAUUUUGACACAAUAAUAAAGCUUAUAAUAUUUUUUUAUUAUCAUAUUGAUGUUGCACAAAGUCAACAUUAAGGACAAAAGAAAAUAGACAAAAAGUCGCUGAAAAGAUACAGAAAAAUUAAAAUCCAAAUUCAGUGUAAUCCUGGAUUAGCUUUAUAGUAUUUUGAACAGUCAAUCCCGGCAGAAGAGGAAUAUUGUGAAACAAAGUUAUCAGGGUAUGUUUAGUUCCAAAAUUUAGGCCAUUUGUGACUUGUGGUUUUGUUGACCAUACAGCUGUAGUAAAUCAAUAAAAUCCAAUAUUGGAAAAUUCAAUUGAUUCAGUUGAUAUCAAUUGCUGAUUGCUAUCGAUUGAUAAACAUCGCUAACAUUCAAUAAUUCCUGUCUCCAGGAAUAUUGAUUAUUAUUGCAUUGUGUUUUAUGAGAACAUGAAACAUAGAAAAAAGCUUCUUCUUUUACAUGCAUUGUUCCUGGUCAGUAUUUAUAGCAGCAAAGUGAUUACUGCUAUGCUACUAGAUCAUAUAUUCCCUCUGACUUACACUGAGAUCUAUUCUUACAUUUGUUCCCUAGAACAGUGACUCUUGUUUAUUUUGCUUCAUCUAAAAUGGCGAUGCUACAAUGAGACUGGAGGUUUUUACACUGCUACUCUGGCUUGAGCUUCUUCUGGUGUCGUAAAACUAGCAAAUAAGGAUGUAAAGCCUGAAAUGUUUCUUUUAGUUUGUUUCUGUUCUUGUUAUUUUGUUGAUGAUUGUAAAAGAUAUGCAGGCUAUGAUAAAAUGACUCUUUAAACCACUGCAGAAAAA